CAAACAUUAAAUUAAUUUUUUUGGCAAAUUUGCAUUUCGGUUUGUUCUAGUCUAGUUAUAAAAAUUCGUCCAGCGAUCCAACCCGACAGUUCAAGAAAAAAAAUAUGAACUUAUUCAAUUUUGGAAGUUAAAAUAAUUAUUAUCGAAAAUGUACAAGAUUUCAAUGAAAUUCGUUUCGGAAAACGUUUACUUGUUCCUGGGAAUUAUAAUAGGUUUGUAUGUAUCCUCUUUCCUCACCGCAAGCCUAGACAUAUCAUGUAACAACGAGGAUAGCGAAUAUGGGCUGAAAGCGAAGCUAGCCCAAGAAAUUAUCAACAGUUCCAUUAAUCGAUUGGCCCCGAAAAUUUUACCAGCCAAACCUAGAGUUCAAGAAAAAUCGGAUUUGGUCAGGCCUAGGUAUUAUUCAACAGAAUUGGGUAUGAGGGAAAAAUUAUUUGUGGGUAUUUUUACUGCUGAGGAAAAGGUGAAUUCUCAGGCUUCAUACAUCAAUAAAACCAUAGGGCACCUUGUUGAUAAAAUUAAAUUUUUUAUAACGGCUCAGUAUAAGUUGAAAACCAAGUUUAAUCUUACUGGUCUAGUUGGUUUUACUGAUGCAAGGCUCAAAUACAGACCUUUUCAAGUCAUAAAAUAUGUAAGUGAUACCUUUGGCCAAGAUUAUGACUACUAUUUUUUCACCAGUGAUUAUACCUACAUCAAUGCCCACAGGCUUAAAGAUAUUGUGGAUAAAAUUAGUGUCAGCGUGGAUGUGUAUUUGGGAACUAAAGUUGUUGAUGGCAGCUUCUGCAAUUUAGAUGCAGGUAUUAUAAUAAGCAACUCAGUACUAAAAGCAGCAAGGAAGAAUUUAGAAUGGUGCAUCAUGAACGCAGUGUCGGACGAUCACAGUGAAAAUCUGGGUCGUUGCAUUUAUCACAGUUUAGGAAUGACUUGUCAAGAUACAGCACAGGAUCAAGUGAUGCCUUCAUUCAAAUUAACCCACUUCGAUUUGCCAAAUCAUUUGCAGGAACUCAGCGAAAACCCAGAUUUCAUUAAGGCAGUUACAGUGCGACCAGUUGUUACCCAUGAUGAUUUUUUCAGGUUAAAUGUUUAUUUCUUGAAGCAACGUCUAGAAAUGUUUAAUAAGCAAAUUUUGAAAAUUUCAAGUACUAUGACAAAAUCAUGGCCUCCAGGUCAGAAACCGGGCGCUACUCCGGCAACGAGAUUUGACUUACCUCGGCAGUAUUAUUUUAAUAUGACCCAUAUUUUUAUGCCUGAUGAUUUUACCAUUCUGAGAACGCAUAAUGAGCCCGAAAUUACUGACAUAAAGAACAUUCUCAAUGAUGUGCUAGCUCAAGUAGCGGAAAAAUAUCCGAAAAGAUUUGAAUAUAGGCGACUGGUGAAUGGAUACAAAACAUUCGAUUUGAGCCGGGGAUUGGAUUACAUGCUAGAUUUGGGUUUUAGGGAUUUGAAUACUGGAAAGGAAAUUGUUAAAAGAUUUGAAGUGUGCAAACCCUUGGGAAACGUUGAAUUUAUCCCUGCUCCCUAUGUAACUGAAAAUACAAGAGUAUCAAUAAUCUUACCUAUUCAAGAAAGUGAAAUUGAUCAGGCACUAAAGUUUUUAAUGUCCUACAGCACCAAUAUUAUGGACAAGAAAGAGAAAACUUUUAUGCUUGUGGUAUUGAUUUACCAAUAUAACACUGAGAGCAAAGGUCCUAAUGAUUUUUUUUUGAAACUGAAAGAUUUUGUGACUCGCACGUCAGCAAAACAUACAAACGACGACGUAAAAAUUGGAUGGCUUUCUAUAAGAUUGCCAGAAAGUGAAAAGGAAUUAAAAAUUGAAAAUAAUCAGGCCUUAAAUUUUGGAGUCACUGACUUAGCAUUGAAAAAAAUUGGAUUAAAUGGUCUGUCCUUGGUUUUAGAUGUUUGGUCUAAUAUUACUGUAGAUUUUUUAAAUCGGGUACGAAUGAAUACCAUAUCAGGCUACCAAGUAUUUUCUCCAAUUCCAUUCAAACAAUAUGAUCCUCACGUGACUGAUAUGUUGAACAUGGAAGUGACUAAAACGGCUGGUCAUUUUGACAGGGAAGAGUACAAAUACAUCUCUUUUUAUGGGAUUGAUUAUGUGAAUGCAAGAAAAAAAAAUCAAGGAACAAUACCCUUGAUACGAUCCGACAAUGAUUUGUCCAAAUUGGUGCAGAAAAACACAAGGAGCAAUAUUUUUGAGAUGUUUUUAUCAUAUGGAGAAGAUAUUCAUUGCAUGCGAGCAACUGAAAUGAAUUUGAAGGUCUUCUAUCAUCCUGAAACUGAUCAAAAUAAGCUAAACAAGUUUUAUGGCAACGAAGCGCAAUUAGCUAAACUACUUCUUAAUAAACAGAGCUAUAUUCCUGAAUUAUUGUGAUCAUGAUCAUGGAUCAAACCAGUGCCUUAUUAAUUUAUACAGGGUUUUCAUGCAUUUAAAUUGUAUAGAAAUAGAUACUUAUUAUUUAGGUGACUAGGCCAUUAAAGUAUAGUUAGAUGUUUAUGCAUUCGUCCUCAAUUUCUAAACGAGUAGGUAUUUGAAUAAUAACGUCACAAAUUUGAUCCUGUUAAAUAAAUAUUUUCAAUAAUUAAGUAAUAAUGAGUGCAAUCCACUUCCCAGACUCAAAUUAAUGGGUAAAGUUGUCUUUAUUGGACAAUAUGAAAUAACUAUCAUGUUUUUCAUGGUUAACUGAUUUUUGUAUUUUGAAUGAGUAUUUAUGAAUGGAGCUUUAAAUGUUAUAGAAAAUAAAAAUUGUUAUUAAUAAU